AUGGGAGAUUUAAAUUUUGUAACUUCGCCGACAAGAUUAUAGUCGGUGGCAUGAUAAAAUGAUCAAUCCCUUACUACACGAUUUUCUUUCCAAUCUUCUUAACCUGUCAAGUACCAAGCAAUAGUUUAUCCUUUAAUUUAUUAUUACUAUUAUAAUUAUUAUAAUUUUAUAGUUUUAUUGUUAGAGCAGUAGUAUUAUUAUUUCAGUUUAUAUUUUAAUUUUGUAUAAUUGUAGAUUCUAGCUGCAAGUAAUAAUGGAAAAAAAUAUUGAACGAUUUCUUGAAACUCGCGUCAUAAAUAUGAUGUUAAAAUACAAAGUUGAUCAUUGAUGUAAGAUGAUCGAAAAAAAAAAAAUUGAUCUUUAAUAGGUCAAGUAAGCACAAUGUUAUUACAUCAUAUCGGAUAUGAAGUAAAUGAAACAUUGUAAUUUAUUAAUCUUCAUUUGAAAGAAUUGGGAUUUAAAAUUCAAAUUCAGGUUCCGUAAGACUAGAAUUUGUCUUCUAUUUUAAAUCAAAACCAUGAUUUAUAUCAUAUGAGGAGCAUGAUUCGACCUGUGGAAUUUUGAAAUCUAUAAAUUAUAUAUGACGUUUCAAUAUAUUACAUUUGACACCGUGUAACGAAUUACAAUAACUAAUAGAAAAGAAAAUCGUAAGAUUCGAUCAACAACUUCGAUAUCGUUCCUCCAAAUGCACGCUCGAUCACUUAAUCCUCGGAGUAUUAACAUGAGAAUAAAAUGAUUUAACGAUCCCGAGUAAAUCACAUGAAUCAUAAACUAACUCAUGUACGUCCUUCUUUUAUUAUUUUGUUAUUUAUAUUAAUUUUCCAUUUUAAAAGAAUUUUUCAAAAAUAUAAACGAAUGGAAAAUAUUAAGCACACAUCCGAGGUUUCGAAGGUACUUCUAAAUUCUAAUAGAUACUUCUCCUUCUCUCUAUAUUUGUUCCGAAUAAUUUGUCUCAAUGAUGAUAAAUAAAUCGAAUUAAAUAAAAAUUCAAAAAGAAAGGGAAAUUCUCCGAAUCUUCGUCAAACACGAACAACAGUCGUUCCUUUCUGCUUCCGAUUGCUCGUAACAAUCCGAAUAAUGCGUGUGACAAGAAUGAAAAGAAAAAAAAAAGUGUAGAAGAUUUUAAUCUUGUAAUAUUUAUCUUCUCUUUCCAGGAUGCAAAAGUUUCUUCAAGAGGAGCGUCAGGAGAAACCUAACUUACUCGUGUCGAGGGAAUAGGAACUGUCCGAUCGACCAACACCAUAGGAAUCAGUGCCAGUUCUGCCGAUUGAAAAAGUGCCUGAAGAUGGGCAUGCGCCGGGAAGUAUUAAUGUACUAUAACAAUCGAACCCUGAUCGAUACGACUGGUUUCAGAUUUUCGUUUGAACUACUUAAAAGAUACGGGAGGGGGGCUGGCCUUAAUUUUUAA